GGUCCAGCAAAAUAUUUCUGUAUGGUCGAAAGUUCGGUGACUGUUCGUCGAGUGAACUGAUUACAAUACUGAUUUAUACUUCCGCUCUGCUUAGUUACUGCUAUCUAGAGCAAACUGUUGACACUGUGUCACGAUUGUCAGUAGAAUACAGACAUGGUCGCUAAGCUGUCGUUGGAAUGCAGUGUUCUCCUCCUGCUUGCAAUUCUUGCACGUGGCGAAUUCACAGUAGAGGCUGGCACUGAUUAUGAGAGCCAGCCCGUCAAGUUCCCGAGCAACUUUCUUUUGGGCACAGCGACAGCCGCAUAUCAAAUAGAGGGGGCAUGGAACGCGAGUGAUAAAGGAGAGAGUACCUGGGAUCGAUUUACCCAUUUGAAAGAUGGCCACAUUAUCGACAAUUCAACGGGAGAUGUGGCAGCGUUAUCUUAUUACAAAUACAAAGAGGAUAUCGGUAUUAUGAAGAAUCUCGGGUUCAAGUCAUACCGUUUCUCGAUAAGCUGGCCCCGAAUUCUUCCAAACGGAUUUGCUAACAAAAUCAGCAAAGAUGGAGUCCAAUAUUACCAUAAUUUAAUUGAUGAAUUACUGAAGAACGACAUCGAGCCAAUGUUGACUCUCUAUCAUUGGGACCACCCGCAGGUCCUAGAAGAAGCGGGUGGCUGGCUGAACUCAGAAAUGGUCGAAUGGUUUGCCGAUUACGCGAGAGUCGUUUAUCGCGAGUUCGCACCCAAAGUGAAAAAAUUCAUCCCAAUCAACGAACCAUCGAUCGUUUGCAAAGGGGGUUACUCGUAUGGCACGUAUGCCCCUGGCAAAACUUUGCACGGUAUCGGCGAGUACAUGUGCGUACAUAACGUGAUCAAAGCUCACGCGAAAGCCUACAGAAUAUACGAGACCGAGUUUAAGUCAUAUGGAGGGCAGGUUGGGUUUUUACUCAAUUUGUUCGCGUACAUGCCUAAAAAUCCCGCGGAGGAUGAAGAAGCCUCGAAAAUCUCGUUCGAAUUCCAAGCUGGAUGGACCAUGCAUCCGAUUUAUUCUAAGGAAGGCGACUACCCACCGAUUAUGAAGAGCCUUGUGGCCAAUAAGAGCAGCGAACAAGGUUUCUCUAGGUCUCGUUUGCCUACGUUUACUGAUGAUGAGAUAAAAUAUAUAAGAGGUACCUCGGAUUUCUUAGCUAUAAAUCACUACACCGCGAGACUAGUUACAGCUGGUUCUAUGGGAGAAGUGCCGUCGCAUGAUAACGAUCAGGGAAUAAUAGAACUCGUUGAUAAAUCUUGGAAAGGUUCAGGAGUCUCAUGGUUAAAGAUCGUACCCGAAGGUUUUCGUUACAUACUUCGCCAACUGGCGAGUAACUAUGGCAAUCCACCGAUGUACGUAGUCGAAAACGGUGUCGCUGACCUUGGAUUGCCCGAAGAUGAUGACAGAAUUUCCUAUUAUCGCGAAUACUUAAAACAGAUGUUGCUCGCCAUUUAUACCGAUGGCGUGAAUAUUCGUGGGUAUUAUGUGUGGACGCUUCUUGACGAUUUUGAAUGGGAGAAGGGAUAUAGUUUGCGAUUUGGUAUUGUGUCGGUGGACUACAAUAGCCCAAACAGAACGCGAACAUUGAAGAAGUCUGCUUCCUGGUGGCGGAAUGUUAUUGCUACUGGUAAGAUCGAUCAGUAGUAGUGAACCAAUUAUUGUGAAUAAAUGUCUAACCGUUAUGCAACGUGAUAAAUUCGAUCAUCUACUUUAUACUGUAUUAUUGUGCUAAUUGUAUUUUAAUGAUUGUAAGCUUGUCAUUUAAUUGAUCUAAACCACUAAU